AGGAAAAAAUAGUUAAGAUUUACAAGUUGACAGACACACAUCUGACUCGAAAAGCACCUUGUAUUUAUAUCUGGUUAUCCCUUAACCAGUCUAUUAGUGGCUGAGCUGGUACAGAAGUUGACAGAGCAGAAUUGGCACAUUAAAACAUGACUUAGUGAUCAUCUAAUGGGAUUAACAGCUCUAUGUAAAGGGACUGUCAGACCGAGAGCGGAGUACCAGAAAGUGAGAAGCAAGCUCAUCAGCAAAAGAAAGGACACUUUGAGACCUCAACAAAAGUAAAUCAUCGAAAUGGCAGACACAGCCGUUGCAGCUCCCGCCGACAGGAAGGCACCACCCAAGUUCAAGCAGAGGACUGCACGUACCUUCAAGAGCAAAGCCCCUAAGCCAGGCCAGAAGGGAUUCGGAGACGACAUCCCUGGCAUGGAGGGCCUUGGCACAGACAUCACAGUGGUUUGCCCAUGGGAAGCCUUUGGUGACAUGGAGCUCAGCGACCUGGCAAAAUAUGGAAUCGUCUAGAAAAGCCUACCAGGUCUUAUCCACAAUGGUUUCCUCCCUGUGCUGUUUUCCUUCGCCCAGUCUUCCUCUCUCACCCUGUUCCAGCUCUUGCCUGCUGAAGAUGUUUUAUCAGUACGCUCUCAAAGGAGGCAGCUUCUGAAGAUUAAGAGGUUUGACCUGGGAAAAAAAAUAAAAUUCAGCACUCUCUCUUGUCUCAUGCACUUUAUUCGCCCCUGCCUUCCCAGCCAUCCUCCACAGUCCUUGUAAUGAGGCGUGUGAGCAGCUCCGAGCUCGGAGCCUGAACUGUCCACUGAGGAAAAAUAUAUAUGUAUUGAGUAUAUACAAUGAAUGACUGUUUGAUAUCUGUUGUUGUGAUAUCCCUUCCUUCACCUCUUCCCCUCAAAGUUGCUCAUCCAGCAUGCACAGAUGUCUAUUUUGUGUAUUAGCAAAA